CUAUUACUUUUUGAUUGAUUUUUUUUCGGAAAAGUGAAGAUUUUCUUAGUUUUAAAUUGCAUUUCGCAUGAAAUUACAUUUUGAAUUAAAAAAAUGGUACGCGAAAGACGUAAAUCGUUUUAUGUGGCACGAGAUAAAAUUACCAAAACUUGUAAUGUUCUGAAUGCGCCAUCACAAUCAACUAUUGUGCAAAGUAAUCCACAAAAAAGGGCACGGAAACGAUUAGAGCAAAAACCAAAGCCACAAUCUCAACCGGUUCGAUCGAGCAAUCGCUUAAAAGGAAUUCCUGCUACUUUUGUUGACAUUAGCUCGAGCUCGAGAAAGCAAUCUACCAAAACAUCGGAUAAUUCAUCAAGUCAAGUCGAAAGUUCUGAAAAUGUCGACCGGCCACAACGAAUUCAAUGUCGACGUUUUACCCUGGCAUUGGAACGACUGAACUCAGAUAAAAUCAAUGAAUUAAUUGGCGCCGCACGAAAACGACAAAGGAGUUCAUCUCUAUCAGAUGAUGACGUCGUUCAGCCAGAUCGAAGAUUGAGCUCAUCGGAGCCAUCGAGUAGUAAUAUCGCACAGUCAUCAGCGAGAAAAAUAAGAAUGCGACGGUGCACGGUAAAUAUUGAACGAAUUGAUACAUCACACUACGAAGAUGCGCCGCCGACAAUCGAAAAUCGUGAAACCUUGCCACAUGAUGAGCCAGAUGCAACACAAUCAGUUGCAUACGAUGAUAUUGAAGAUGAAAUUGACUUGAACACAUUAACAGUGCCGUUGGGGGAUGGAAAUGAGCCCGAUUUGUCAUAUGAACUUAAUGAACAAAAUGAAUUUGGUGAUGAUCUCAACGUGGUUUACCAGCAAUCGACAUCAAUGGAUAUAUUGGGACACUGUGAAAGUGCCACUUCAUUUGUUCACGUACGGGGAAUGAGCUCAGUCAUUUCCGAUCAAAAUAUUCGAAAUAAUUCAAGGAUGCCAUUGUGUGAUCGAACAUGGACCCCGGCUGCCAUUGUUUCUCAAGCAGCAAUUGAACGACGACAUCGAUAUUCACAGCACUCCGGAGAUUCAGAUAUUCCAUUGAACCAAUUGAAACAUUUGUUGGUAAGGGAUGAUCAAGAAGAUAUCACUACCUACUACAAUGGAUCAUCGGAUGACGAUGAAACCACACAUUAUUCGCGAGCUUUGGUGCCAUAUGAACCGCGACAACAUCAACAACAAGAAGAAGUGCAAAUGUUUACACAAAAUUCAUGGGAUAAUUUCCAUGCGGUUAAUUCCACUGGCGUUGAAUUUUCACGGUCCAGUAAUGAACGUGAUUACUUCAGCGAAACUGGCUUCGUCGAACCAAAAACAUGUUUUAUGGACUCGAGUAACAUUUCAUAUGGUCCGUUCAUCAAAUACAAAACCAUCACAUUUGCAGUCAACUGUUUUGAUCAUGGCGACGAAAACAUUGAACAUCAUUUUCUGAGUAAAUUCAAUCGCAAGCAUUUCGCAGCUCUAAGUACACAGUUCUCAGGGUAUUUGUAUACAACGGAUAUAACAGCCCGUUUGCUGUUCAAAUAUUCAAACGUGAAUACAAGUCAAAUUCGUGUAUUGAAAUAUGGCGAAACGAUGGUGAUCCGAGGUGCAAAUGUGACGGCAAUUGAAGUGCCACAAUUUCCGGGCGGUGCAUUAUUCUUGUUCGAAGCCACAGACGAAAAAUCAAUAGUGCAUGUUGGAGAUUUUCGACUAACGAGUGAACUAGAAUUGGAUACAAAACUAGUGAAUACCAGCAUCAACCAUGUUCGAUUUGAUAAAUCAAUUUUAUCGCGUUUAUUUUACCAUUUCAAACCGGACGGUACAGAUCGAUACAUGGAUUUGCUGAUUGAAACGGGUGAAUUCAGUAAGACUAGCAAACUGAAUGGUCUGAGUCAUAUUAUUGCAAUCGGAGCAUUUGAGAUUGGCAUGGAAUCAUUAAUUCUUCGUUUAGUUGCUAGUUUUCGAUGCAGAGUAUAUAUGUCCAAGGAACAACGAGAUUUCCUCCAAAGCAUGGAAUUAGGUGACGAUCCCGAUUCUUCAAUUCAAAAGCUAUUCAAUACAUGUGUUGAUAACCCAAAGGAUGCAUUCCUUCACGUUCUGCCUGUUGAAGACAUAACGAUGGAAAGACUGAUAACUUAUGUAACCGCACAUAAUUUUCAUCGAGUUCUGGGAAUUCGUCCUCGUGGAUGCGACAUAUCUUCACAAACAGUCAUUGAAUCGGUGCAUAAGAUAGUGGACAUUCCAAAUCCAUUGAUUGGGGACAUCAGAGAAUAUGAUCGAUUCGUCCGAAUGCACGUAGACCAAGACCAGAUCAUUAAUCCACACGAUUAUGGUAGCGAGAAUCCUUGUCGUACUGUUGUACGAUCACAACAAAAUCAAAACCAAAACUACGAUUAUUAUUAGAACAUUGAAAUCAAAUCCGGUAGCAGCGAUAUAUGUGAAAAAGAUGGAUUCGUACAGGUCGGUCCAAAGAAGUAUCUAUUUCCGGGUACAUUUAAGAAGCAUGCAGAGCAUUUUUACAAUUUCCAAGCACGCAAUGAUGAC